AUGGACGUCUACGAGAAGCAAGUGGUCGUGAUAACCGGCUGCUCCGCCGGCGGCAUAGGCCACGCGCUCGCCCGCGAGUUCGCCUCGCGUGGCUGCCUGGUGGUGGCGACCGCGCGCUCGCUCGCAUCCAUCUCCGAUAUGCAGGACGACCCGCGGUUCUUCGUCCAGGAGCUGGACGUUUCAUCGGACGAGAGCGUGCGCCACGCCCUGUCCACGGUUCUGGAACGAUUCGGCCGCAUCGAUGUCGUGGUUAACAAUGCCGGAGUCCAGUGCGUGGGGCCCAUCGCGGAGGUUCCUCUGUCCGCCAUCGAACAGACCUUCAACACUAAUGUUUUCGGAUCCUUGAGGUUAAUUCAAGCUGUUGUGCCGCAUAUGGCAUCUAGGAAGAAGGGCAAAAUCGUCAAUUUUGGAAGUGUCACUGCUUUGGCCCCACUACCAUGGGCUGGCACUUACACUGCAUCAAAAGCUGCUAUCCACGCAAUAAGUGAUACUCUGAGGUAUGCGUUUAAUGACCUCGGCAAGCAUUUACCAGAAAAUGUGGUGGCACAUGUUAUGUGUCAAAUGCCAUAG